GAUUGUGAAACCAGGGAGAGACUGUUAGAGAGUUAGUCUACUUGGGGCUCUGGGACGCUCCAGUCAUGGGGAAUCUGCCACUUUAAGGCUUAUCAUGGCUUGCCAGGGUCCCAUGAAGAUGGGUUACCACGGGGUCCUACGGCUCAUCCUCCCAUUGGUUCUCCUAUUUCUGUUCCUGUAUAUGAGCAUCACCAAACUACCAGGUGUUUACCUCCAUGAGUGCAUCCAAGAUGGGAAGCCCUGCAGCCAGAUUCAGAAUGAUGUGAUUGAGGAAGUUAAAGUAGAACCUUCCACGUCCUUCAAGCUGGAUCCAUCAGACGUGCAGUUGUUAGAGGAUGUUCUGAAGAACUGCAAGCAGCAUGAGUUUCAGAUUGGGAGGAUGGUGGAGGCCUUCCGCUUCUGUGUGACAGAGAAGAAGGAUAUCUUGCUGGAGGAAUAUCUCACAGCAUGGAGACAGCUGAUCAAGUUCAUGGAUGCCUUAGGUGCUGUCUUCACCUUCAUCUCCAGCGAAGCUAUGACCAAGGUCAACAUUCUCCAAGGAUAUCUAAAUGGAGAACAUGGGAAACACUACAGAACUGUUACCUCCAUGGUAAAGUAUGAGCUGGAGAAUGAAGUGGUCAACUUCAAAGAACUACCACCUAAUCAUGUACCUUCUGGGUGUCGAACACUCUUGCGCCUGCACCGGGCCCUGAAGUUUUUAGAGGUAUUCCUUUACAAUCUAGGUAUGAGUGUUGGACGGGAUAAAACUUCUGAGAUGUGUGCCGAUGCAUACCGCAAGACCCUAUCACACCAUCACAGCUGGUUAAUUCGGCAGGUUGCUGAGGUGGCCUUCCUUGCACUCCCACCUCUUGAGGACAUGUAUAAGGUGGUAUGUGUGAGCCAUCACAAAGAGGCCAAGAUUGUCCUUCUGACCACUGUAGAUGACAUAGUUAAAGUCUACAACAUUACCCAGGAGGUGUAUACAGAACAUGGUAUGCUGGACCUGCCAUGAAGAUGGACUAAAUAUAGUAAAUUUCUUUAUGAAUAAAUGGAGGAUAAAUAAAAAAAGUCAGAUACUGUCUGAUACCAAAUACUUUGUAUGGUUUGCUAUGAAGCAGCCAUAUGUGAAGUCCAAGGAUAGAUCUUUCAACAGACGUUUUAUCUGUAGUUAACUUUCUAAUGUGAAGUUCACGGUUCCAUUGAUGGAGUUGCCUAUACAUA